UUGACGUGCGCAACACAGCUCAAUUGAUGGAAUUACUGAACUGCGAAGGAAAAGUAAACUUUAACACUGGAUUAAGUUGUGUGGUGGAAUAUCAGUUAUAAAAUUAGAGUUGACGCUUUAUUAUUCCACAUUUCGGUUCAUUUUGCUAAUCACUCUCAAACCUUAGUUUGAAACGUCUAACGGUUCUGAACCGGGACAAGUGGAGUUUUUACGCACAAGUUUGCCGCCAUGGCGAACUCCUGUCUUCAACUGAGCGGCUUUCUCGUCAGCUGCUUCGGCUGGCUGGGAAUUGUGAUCGCGACAUCCACCAAUGACUGGGUGACUAUGUGUAAAUACGGGUUGAACACCUGCAAGAAGAUGGAUGAGCUGGAAGCCAAGGGACCUUGGGCGACCUGUGUCAUCUCCACAGGACUCUACCACUGCGUCUCCCUAACGCAGAUCCUGGACCUACCAGCGUACAUCCAGACUACUCGUGCCCUGAUGAUCACAAGUUCAAUACUGGGUCUCCCAGCAGUGGGAAUGAUCCUCAUGUCCAUGCCCUGCAUCAGCCUUGGCAAUGAACCCCAGAGCUCCAAGAACAAACGCACCAUCCUGGGAGGAGUGCUUAUACUCAUAGUUGCACUAUGUGGUAUGGUGUCUACGGUCUGGUUCCCCAUCGGCGCUCACCAUGAGCACGGCCUCAUGUCAUUUGGUUUCUCCCUUUACACUGGAUGGGUGGGCACUAUCUUCUGCCUGCUGGGCGGGUGCAUCCUUACCUGUUGCUCUUCAGAUUCCUCUUCCUCAUCUCACUCCUACCAGGACAACAAUCGUUUCUACUACUCCAAACAGGGAGGUGGCAACCCGCCAGCAGCCCCCUCUGCCAAUCACGCCAAGAGCGCCCACGUCUGAGAUGGGAGAGAUUCUGACUCUCAAGUGGAUGUGUAGGGGACUGUAGUUUGUAUAUAUAGACAUAUACACUAGCACACACACUCCAACACACAUGUAGGCCUACACAUACAAUCACAGUUCCAUGCAAACCUACUGGAAUAGAAAGAGACACAUAUAUGUAAACAUUCAUUCAUGCUGGUUUGUCAAGAAAAAUACACAAAUUCUUGAAUGAGCACACAAACAUACAUAAAAGACACAUUCACACAUCCAACCACACAAAGGCUGUUAUUGUUGGAGCGUUUUUUUCCACAGAUGGAUUGUUUUUGUAUCACAGAGCUCAUCUUCCAUCCUCCUCAUGUUGGGUGUGGCGUGGACUCUCCCCAUUUACAUUAUUGUGCAAGCUGCAUGCACAACAGCCUGAAUCACCCAAGGCCUUAUGGAAUGAGAUAUUUAUCUCCUAUAUUACUUCUAUUUUUCUAUCAUGCGCCUAGAAAAGAACUCUUAUGAGAGCCUUUGUUGAUGAAUAUUUUUUUUAAAUCAUAUGGGCUAAUAUGAUCUGUUGUUUUCAUAAGAGCAGGGCAUGACAGUAUUAUGCUUGGAAUUGAAAGUGUUCAUUAACAUUGUUUAUGUAUAUUGAUUUUUUUUUUGGCUGUAUUAUACAACUCUCGAGUGAAUUUGCCUCUUAAGGGAUAGACUUGAUUAAAUAACCUUUUCCUUCCCACUGCAGGAUGACUGUAAGAUGAUGGAAACACACAUUUCACAAGAAAGCUUUAGCCAGCAGUGUUCCAGUCUGUGAUAGAGUCGUCAGUAUGCACACUGCACAAAUAAUUCAUUAGAGAGUACGCAACCUUAAUCUUUGUCCAUAACUCCCUCAUCUGAAAAUAUAUUUCAUAAUCUAAAGUUGCCAUACACAUUUUUAUGUGACUAACUUGCUUCUGUUUUAAAUUUGAAUAACAACUGAGUGACAAAAAAAGCAGCUUAUCCUGUAACUGUGGAAUUAUACAUUUCAUCUUAGUCAGACGUCCUCAUAUAGAGUAGAUCUCUAGUCUGUAGCUAACAGUAUGUUGCACAAAAAAAGUAUUAUUUAGAUUAGCUUCUCUUGAAGGAAUGUGAUGACUUGAAUGUUCAAUGUCUAAAAAAUGCUCUGAACACAAAUGGAACUGGAUAUUUUCAAACUGAAGGAACCUGAUAUUUCCAACUCAGAUCAGUACAAAAACAGUAUUAGCUGGUUAUUUAUUGUUUCACUGUGCUAUUGUUUGAUUUUCUACAAUAAAGACAAAAGAAUUAAAACUGC